UAGGGUUCACGCUUCUAUGAAAAUUUAAUGCCUCCUCAGAUCUGACAGGAGGUGAGCUCAGGUGGUAAUGCUCGCUUGCCUGCCACUCACCUACUGCUGUGCUGCCUGGUUCCUAGCAGGCCAUGGAAUGAACUGGUGCUGGUCCAUGGCCCCAGGGUUGGGAACCCCUGCUUUACAGUUUUCAUUGCCAUCUGAUAUAUCUUUCACUUGAAAAAAAAUCUCUCUCUCUUCCCACCUCCCAACUAGCGUGUAAGCAGAAAUGUUUGUUGUUCUCUGCUGUAUCUCAAUUCCUCUAGACAGCCUAUAUGAGAGAAAUGGCAUUUGGGAAAGAAAGGCUAAGGCAUGGUCCUCAAACUGGGCAUCAAAAUCUCCUUAGGAACAUAAAUACACAGAUUUCUGAGCCCCAUCCCAGAUAGAGCAUCAAGGAUCUUGUAUACUCUGUGAAAGAGUUUGGAUUUUAUUCGUAAGGCUUUUGAAGAAGGCGGGUGGUAUUAACUACAAAUGUAUGAGAACUUUUUGGGGUAAUGAAAAUAUUUUAUAUCUUGAUUGUGGUGAUGUUUGUACAACUGAAUACUUUUUCAGGGGCUCAUAGAACUAUAUACCUAAAAGAGGUAAAAUUUUACUAUACGUAAGUUAUACUUUAAUGAACCUGUCAUUUAAAAUUUUUUUUUACAAAGUAUGUUUUUUGUUUUUUUCCCAUUUUGAGGUUAGAGGAAACAGAGACUCAGAAGUUAAAGGACUACCCUGUGAUCCCAUCAUGGAUCCUCAGUCUUCCACAAUGAACCCUGUUUACAGCCCCGUGCAGCCUGGGGCUCCUUAUGGCAACCCUAAGAACAUGGCCUACACGGGUUACCCCACAGCCUAUCCAGCAGCUGCCCCUGCCUACAAUCCCAGCCUGUACCCCACCAAUAGUCCCAGUUAUGCUCCAGAGUUUCAGUUCCUGCAUUCAGCUUAUGCAACUCUGCUGAUGAAACAGGCCUGGCCACAGAACUCGUCUUCCUGUGGCACUGAAGGCACCUUCCACCUCCCAGUGGACACCGGGACCGAGAACCGAACUUACCAAGCAUCCUCUGCGGCUUUCAGAUAUACUGCGGGGACACCAUACAAGGUCCCACCGACCCAGAGUAAUACUGCUCCACCCCCCUACUCCCCAUCACCCAACCCCUAUCAGACGGCCAUGUAUCCAAUCAGAAGUGCCUACCCCCAGCAGAAUCUGUAUGCCCAGGGAGCCUACUACACACAGCCGGUGUAUGCUGCCCAGCCUCAUGUCAUCCACCACACCACGGUCGUCCAGCCCAACAGCAUUCCCUCUGCUAUCUACCCGGCACCUGUUGCCGCCCCGAGGACCAACGGCGUGGCCAUGGGCAUGGUGGCAGGCACCACCAUGGCAAUGUCAGCAGGUACCCUGCUGACUACACCCCAGCACACAGCGAUUGGGGCACACCCUGUCUCCAUGCCAACAUAUAGGACCCAAGGAACCCCUGCGUACAGCUACGUGCCCCCACACUGGUAAAGCCUGCAGCCCAUCCAAAUCUGGAGUCACACAUUGUAUGCAACUACUCAAGUCUUACACCGGUGCUGGAGCAGUUCCCUAGCAGCACCACCUCUAUUUGCAAGAAGAGACAACGGAAAUGCAAGGGUCACUUUAUGCAUCUUUAAUGGUUUUGAUUUUUAUUUUUGGUUUUUGUAAAAGCUGCUUUUUCUAAUCUCCUGCCUCUCCCCGACUGUCCCCCUCUUAGCCGCUGCCCUUCGAGCUCUACCCCCUUCCUCCUACCUGACCAGGCCAUGUCCUCUCUGCUCUUCCCUAACUGUCCUGUCCCUGGGGAUCCCAGUCUAGAGUCAAGCAGAGAGUAGGGUUUAUUGCAGUGGUUCAUCUGAAGGCUGGAUUCCAUUUGAAGAGCAUAAACAGAUGUGGUCCAGGGUAGGAACUCAGAGGUGUUGAGCAGGCUACAUCUCUAAGGGAGUGUUCUGGUUGUUUUUUCUUAAGCAAGAUUAGUUCAGGACAUUCCCAUGUCCCGGACACAAAUGAAAUGUCUCCUGAGAACCAUUGCAACAGACCAAGAACAAAACCACCUGAGUACGUAGGAGUGUUAUUAGCAGCUUAAUACCCCAGGCUGAGAACCUGGGGAAAAAAAUAUUUAGAAUUUGGGGGAGGGUGGGGGGAGGGAGGGCAUUCUGGGGAAGGAGAGGGAAGAAGGGAGGAGCGGUGCUUGCCUCAUGGCUUUGGUUUGAAAGGUCUCUGGCCAAAGCAUCUGGCCCUGGACCUUCUGAUUUGCACAGUGAUGUUAACUGACCUGGCACUUCCUCAAAAGGUGAUUUUGUCCUUAGACCUGCCAAGUGGCUGCAGGGUGGUGGGAUCCCAGCAUCCCGAGGCCUUGGAAGGCCGGAUGCCCUGUGUCAUCCAGACUUCAGCCUCUGAGCUGUCAUGGACCCACUCUGAUGAGGAGCUUCCUCCUGAUUGGAGUGGGAACCUAAGGCAUUUCUCUCCCUUUCCUUUUGCCCUUCCCAGUGCCAGGACUCACCUGUCUGACCGUAGAGCUUGCAGGCAGGCCAAGCUCUUGGUUACCUGUGCCAUUCGUGGCCCAAGUGAAGGAACCACAUUCCAGGUGGGUGCUGGCAGCUCUGAAGGUGAGGAUAGUGAAGGAAAAGCAAUAGCAAUAAACAUUUCAUAGACUCAUGGAACUGAAGGGACCUUAGCAAUCAUCUCAUCCAUUUCCCUAUUUGGCAGAUGAGGAAACUGAGGCCCAGAGAAGAGGAAAGGACUUCCCUAGACCUUACAGUAAAUUAGCAUUAAAUGCAGCCUUCCUACCUAGUGGGCACCUUGCUUACAAAAAUUUACCUAGGGACGGAUUGGCUUGGUUUUGUAAAAAUUAAGUCGGCAGCGCCCGUACCUGGUGAGUCUGGAAUGGUCUCUGGGCUCCUGUUUCUGCUCUUUUCCUCCACGGACUCCAAAGGUGGGGGUUGAAGACUGGGCAGAGGCUACAUGGGGGCAAAUGGCAGGAACAGAAAUUGCAAAUGAAGAAAUAGCAUUUGGAAGUUCUGUGAAGACAUCUGGAACUUUCGUCCUGUACCUGACUCCACCUCCAGGAGAAGGAGCAGGUGGACUGGCUGAAAAGGAGAAGCCAUGCUUUUAGGACGGUAGCCCCUCAUCCCGAGAGGAGAGGAAGAGGAGGAAGACAGUGGGAGUCAUCAGGAGAGGAGGAUGAGGCCCAGGAGACAGGCUCAUCUGGGAAAAGAGGGACCCCUGGGACGAGGAGGUCCCUGCUAGUCUCAUCCAGGAGCCUGGAUUGCCCAGCAGCAGCCUCCGGCACCCAGCGCUUGGCUGGGCCAGCAGCCCCUCUGGGGGUGGGGCACGAACAUUUUAUUGUAAAAAAUGGGAUCACUGACAACAUUUGGGACUUUAAAAAACUGCUUUCAUUUUAAAUUCACGUAAACUUGGACAUAUCCUUACCCCAACCUCCCAUGUCUCCCUAAGGGAGGGAAAAAUCAGGAAACCCUUGGGUUGGAAGGAGCUCAGAAGCUGUCUAGCCAUUCCCGGGAGGGUAAAGCCCAUCAGCAUCCUUGGCCUAGAACCAGGAGUUUGGGGGCCCACCUUCCUGGGCUUCCGAGGAACUUUAGGACCAUUAAGAAAAAAUUCAGCUGUUCUAAAUUAUCUGUUCUGGGGGUGCUGAUGAGGUUUCACUUUAAAACAAUAGAAAGUUUUCCAGUGUUAAUUCGCUUUUUGCAAAUACCUCCUCCCACCCUCUUUGGUUUUGUAAAGGUGGGUGAAGGUUGUUCUAGAUUAUGUCAUACGUGUUUGAAAAAUGCCAAAAUAAUAAUAAUAAUGAUAAUAAUAAUAGAAACCUUUGGAUUUGUCAGGUGCAUCACAGAGGUCAGAGCACUUCACAGCCUUUCAUGUACUCGUCCUGAGAGGGACAGGGUUAGAGUUACUACAGUCAAUUGACAAAUGAGGAAACAGGUUAUGGAAGGGAACAGGCCCACAGUGAGCAGGAUGGUGGUAUCCACCAGGCUUCCCAGAACCCUGCUGCCUCCGUGUGGGCUGGGGUGGAACCACAGAGAGGAGAAAGGAAGAAGAGGAGACCUAGGAAUGACCUUGUAACUUUGGUUCUUUCUACACCAGUAAGUAAACCUAAUAGCUGGACCUCACAGUUCACAGAGCAGUUGAACAUAAAUUAUCUGGUUUAACCCGAUGAAAUAGAGGUUAUUUCUCCUAUUUGUUCCAUAAGGAAAUCAAGACUUGGAAAAGUCAAGUGACUUGCUAAUAAGUGACAGAGCCACUCGAAUCCCAGGCUGUCUGCUGUCUCAUUCCCGUCCAUCUGAUCCCCACACAGGCUCAUGUACUGAAGCAUCCGUGCUCUGUGCCCUAUCUUAGCCCCUACUGUGUAAUUCAAGAGCAAAAGGGGGCCCCAAGGUGAAAAUAAGGCACUGAAAGGCUGUGGUCUGGAAGAGCCCAGGUCCAGCACCCCCUUUUCAGUAUGAGCCCCAGUUCAGCCGGCCUCAGCCUCUUGCUGUGAUGGAGAUCCACAAGCCUAGCCAAGCUUGGGGAGUCACUGCAAAAGGACUGAGCCCAGGAGAGCAGGGACAGUCAUGUGCCUCCAGUAGGAUGGGCACAGUUACUGGUAAGGUCACAGAGAUCUAGUGGGAGGUACUAUAGGUAGAUACCGCCAAAGAUUCUAGAUGGCACGGUGGUCAAGCUAGACAAAAAGUCAGAGCUGGAAGGGCCGUCUCAUUGAAGGCAGGCAGGCAAGCAAGAGAGGACAAGGGAUGUGGCUGCCUGACAGUAAGCUAUAGCACUGGCCCCAGGAUGCAAACCCCUUUCUCCUCCUCAUGCCACUGCCUCUCCCCAGGUGCAACACCUAUGGCCAGGAUCAGGGGUACAGAUGGCUCCAUUCACCAGCCAACCCUUUUGAAUUCCUCUACUUCUACCUGACCCCCUCUCCUCACUGGCCUGGGGCCAAGAAGUUUGAGUCUGGGAGCUGGAUUGCCUGCAAAUAGUGAAAGCCUGAAACAUAAUAGUUUGCCAUGUUUUGAAAAAAAUGCGUAUUUAAUUUAUUCCUCAUGAGAUAGGACAGUUGCUGUUUUUUCUUACCUGGCAAUGACCCUAUAAUGUAUAUCUUCUUUCCUGAAUAUUUAGCAGAGACACACACACCUGUCCAGAGCUUUUUUGGUAUGCAAAGUACUUUGACAUUGGUUGCCAAAGUCCCCCAUUUUAUAAAUGAAGAAACUAAGGCUCAGGAGGCUUGAGACUUGCUAAAAGGUCACACAGCUUGUAAGUGAUUCUUCAAAUCCUCUGCUCUUUCUGCCGCUACCUGCUGGGUCUCUUGGCAAGCAUGGAGGGAGGGGCUAACUGUACUUUAUAGAGCUGGGAAGCCCAGUGCUCUAAGCUGAGCAGAUUUGUGUGAACUGCUUUGGGCCAGGAUCUGUAAUGAGCCUUGGGGAGGGACCCAGAGGCACAUCUAGCUGGCAGUACAAAGAGGAUGAGAAUUUGCAACUAAAGGCCUCACUUGGACAAAACACUUUGGGGUCACAAUGCCCAGGACCGAAGACACAUUCAAGGACAGCACGAGGCAUCUUUCUAUUGGGAGACCCAUGUCCUUGGUAAGCCUGCGCACCUGGCUUCCUAACCCGAGAGCCUGCCCACUGUCCAGAUCCAGUGAGUUGGUACUUCAAGGGGAUCUGGUGUAGCCUUGGCCAAAAGCAUACAGACUGAAGUCCCUGGGCUUGCUUUUCCAAUGGGUGAGGACCAGAACCAGACUCUGAGCAUCCUUACCCCUGGCCACCCAAAUUGUUCCAAGUUUGAGGUACCCCGUUCCCAGAGGUCGGGGGUCCUUCUUUGGAGGGCUUGCUUUGUUCUGAUGGCCUUCAGAAAGGAAUCACAUGAAGUAUAAAAGAACAGGCCCCUUGCUCACCAAGUUUUGGCUCCUCAUACAGAUAGGACUCAUCCAGGUUCCCAGUGAGGCACUGGCUAAGCGAGGCCCAGAGCUUCCAUAUCAAAUUCCUCAGCUUUGUUCUGUGCCCAGAGGGGACGGGCCCCAUUCUGGGCCCUGUGAACUUUGUCUUAUAUAUCACCAUCUGUAUCAGAAUUCCUCCUCAAUUGCAGUUAAGUGAAAAUAUGUGGAAGUCUGCUUUUCUAUCCUGUAUUCUCUCACAUCACCACUGGCUGUGCGGCCCCCGCUGCUUGCCAAGCUUGGGAAUCCAGAGAGGGGCAGUAGUAGAGUGGGCCAGUGGGACCCACCCGCAGAGCUGAAGAAACACGCCAGACUAACUGAUGGGAUUCCACACCGGAGCCUCUGAGUGCGCAGGCAGGCAUGCCAGGUGGGCUGCAGGGUUUGUCCUUUACUUACCCAUCUGUCCCUUUCCUAGAAAACUCCUUGUUUCUGAAAUUAGGCAUUAUAUGGUUCCAGGGCCCAGCCUUCAAAAUCCCUGGCAGGCCAGCUUCAACAUUCCAUGGCCAGCCCUACCUAAGCCAGACUUGGGUCCCAGUCCCUCAGUUUCUCCAGUGGAUAUCUUCUGUGGUGCAUGCUGUUGAGUCCAACCCAAAGGCCAACCGAGGCACACAGGAGUUGGGACUGGCUGCCACAAAGCUAGAAAGGGACAAGACAGCACUUGCUUCCCUGUGGCCACAUGGAUAGUCAGUCCCUGGAUAUCCUUGCUGUGGUAGUGAGGUCCUCUACCCAUUCCAGCCACUGAUAGUGGGGGGAUUUUCCUUCCUAAGGAGAACAGGUAUAACAGCUUUGCAGAUAAGUACCGGCCCAUAAGAAUCAAAUGGGUGAAAUCAGCUUUGGUCCUGACCCCAGCAAGACCAGCAUCUCCAAGCCCCAGCCUUUCUCCUCGGGCCUAAGAGAGUCAGGGAAAGAGGGGAGACUGUCCCAGAGACCUUCUCCUCGGGUCAGCCAGAUAGUCUGGAUCUAUGGUGUUACUCAAGCUCCUCCUUACCCAGGGGAGGUAAGGCCAGGCCUCUAGCUACUUGGAGUUGUCUGUAAGAAUCUUGAAAGGCCCAAGGGCCUGUCCCCAUCCUGACUUCAAGGCAUCUGCUUCCCUGUUUCAUAUCACAUGACAGAGAAACCUGUUCUCAUGGCAUGUAACAUCCCUGUGAAGAGAGCGUUGUAUAUGAUUUUGUAUUUUUUAAUUCAUUUAAUCUACAGGUUGGAAUCUAAUUUUUAAAUUUUAUUGGAACUCACAUUUUAAAAAGAAAUAAAAAAAUUUAAAAUAAUAAUAAUAAUAAUAAUAAUAAUAAUAAUAAACCUUUGACCAGUGUCUUCCAAGUAGUUUGAUCAAAGAAUUUAUAGGUGUUUUCAAAACACGGUCCGGAGUAUAAAGAUUGGAAAGCCCCAUGGCCUCGCUUGUGUGUAUGAAGUGUAAAUCUGGUUUUGUUUUGUUGUUUUGGAUUCUUUUGGGUUUUUGUUUUGUUUUGAAGAUCAGACAGUGAUCACUCUGAAAGAAAGACUGAAGCCAAGAAUUUGUAACUAUGAUAUUUACUGUAAGCUGUAGAACACUCAAUAACUAUUAAAAAAAAAUUCCCCCCCCAAAAAAAAGUCUUAGGUGACUAGACUGAGUGGUUCUUGGGGAGGGAGGCACAGAGGACUGUCCUGGGCCAGUGAGUCCCUUGGGCUUCUCCCCAAGUUGAUGCUAAACUUGUUCUCAGUAGUCAAGAAAAACCUAUGGUGCAUCUUACAGGUGAUCUGACAGGGGUCUGCCCUAAGGGUCUCACAGCUGCUGGGGAGCUGUAAGUGGCAACUUCAGCACCUACCCUAAGUGUGUGAUGUGGGAGCACAGUGAGGCCAUUCAGAGUUGAAAUCCAUUGAACCAUCUGCUCAAUAAAGCUGACAUCUAUUGUGUG